AUGAUCAUAUAUAUAAUAUAUAUUAAGACGAUCAAGAAUGUACUUUUUGUUCUAGUAACCAUUUGUGUUGCAGUUUCUGUGAAUACUCAACUACCACAAUUUCCAAUUACGUUCCCGUUUCCAUUUCAGCACUCGAGUGGUAUACUAUUACUAGGACUACCCGACAUAAAUAAAUGAUUCUCGUCCGUGAUGAAUGUUCCUGGAUGUUUUUUAGAAAUCUCCAAAUCUAUGUUUGUUGAGAGAUUCGGUAACAUUGGGCCUGCUUGUUGUAAAGCUUUUUUGGAAACCGCAAAAUGCAUGCCAAAUCUACCAUUCAAUCUAUUUUUCUCUCCCAAGCUUAAAGAAGAGUGUUCCCGAGUUGCUGGCCAAGUUCCUCCUACCAAUACAUAAAUUGUUUUCGAAUAUGAUUGCUUUUACUAAUUUCCAUUUUAUUUAAGUUGUUCUUCAAAUUCAAGUUACCAAAAUGUACUAAAAUUUGCAAUAAUAUAUUAAUUGUGUCACCUUUCUUAUAGUUUUUGUACUAUAAAUUUUCAUGAGUACUUUCGAAGCCAUUCGUUUCAAUGAUCAUUGAUUAAAUGAUGAAUGAGUCAGAGUCUCAAAGAUAUAGGAAUCUAUUGUUUUAUCUUCAUUGUAUUUAGGUUUGUUUUUAGUGUUUUUUCAUGAUGAACCAACCUUAAAAAUCUUAAGCCUUAUUCUUUUGUUAGUUGUAAAGUUAGAAACCUUUUUUUUAUCUUCAAUUAUAGCAUCACACCAUUAAAUCUUAUCCAAUUACAAAUGAUGAUCUAAUCUUUUCUACUUCUUGCAGCACUUACAGCGAACGAUUUUAUACAAAUGACUCACAACAUACAGUUCGAUGUAAAAACUUUUGUUUGCAUUUUCACUCUCCAAAAAGAUAAAAAUUAUAAAAU